GAAGAAGAGAAGGAGCGUGUGGAGCGCUAUGUCAACAAUCCUUAUGGAAGCAGUGACAGCCAGAAAAUGAAGGACCUCAACGACUGGUUGAGAAAAGCAAAGAAUUUCAUUAAUGGUUCGGCAAAAAAAUUAAUAGGUCCUGCUGUUGGAGAACGACAUGUGAAGCACAAGUAUUCCUUUAAGCUGUGUCCUAAUUUCAACUCUCCUUGGAAUUGCGAGGAUAUUGGUGUACUUGUGCAAGAAGCUCGUAGAUUACUUGAGGACGUCUCACGAGGAGAUCAGCAUGGGGCAGUUAAUCGUUUCGAGUACUUUGAGUGGACAAAGAAUGUUUUGGACGGCAUUUUGGAGGCAGUUCAAUGUCGUAGCAUCAACACCAUAAGUGUGUACGGGGAGUCUGGUACGGGGAAGACCAUGCUCGUCAGAGCAGUGAAGAGAAUAGCGGAGGAACAAAAGUUAUUUGAUGCGGUUGUUAUGGCAUCUGUGAAGCAGAACCCCAGAAUCCAAGAUGAAAUUGCACGUGACUUGGGUGUUUCUAAUGAACUUACAUAUCAGGAAGCUUCCAAUCGAAGAAAGGAAAGAAAGCUAACAGAAAAGAGGGUCCUCUUGAUUUUGGACGAUAUUUGGGAGCCAGAAAUAUAUCGGAAGUUGCAUGAAAAACUUCCAUUGGAAGAUGAGAAUGAGAACAGGUUAUUAUCUUACAAAAUUUUGCUGACUACUGCUAGAGAUAGCAGUGUUCUCUUUGAUUUAUCUGAAAUACAAUUUGAGAUUAAACCAUUAAAAGAAGAAGAAGCAUGGAGGCUGUUUGAGAAGAUAGCUACUUACCAAACUGAAAGUCGUAGUUUGCCAUUUUAUGCAAGAGAGAUUUGCAAGAAGUGUUAUGGUUUGCCCAUUGCCAUUGCAACACUUGCAAUGGCCUUAAAAAGUGGCAGACUAAAGCGGAAGACUAUUCUACAAAAGCUACAAAGCCAUCCAAGCCUUCAUUCAGCUUUCUAUAGAAGUUAUGAUUGUUUGAAAAGCUCCGAACUCCAACAAACUUUUUUGCUUUGUAGUCUGAUGGGUCAUAAUGCAGCUAUUCAAGACUUGUUGAAAUAUACCAUUGGCUUCGAUUUAUUCCCAGGAGUCGAUUCUGUGGAGAAAGCACGAGAUGCAUUACUGAAUUCAAUGACUAAACUCAGAUAUUUUUCUUUGUUGCUGGAUAAUGGCGGUAAUAUGCAUUUUGAUAUGCAUGAUCUUCUCAUGAUUUUUGCCAAAUCAAUUGCUUUUGAAGAAGUUGGACUGAACUACUGGGAGGAAAUGAAGAGCAUCAAAUGGGUGCAUUUAUCAGAUACUAGUGAGAUUCCAACAGAUCAGUUGAACUGUCCGCAGCUUACUUUCUUUCAUUUGUCUAAAGAGGAUCCUUCUAAACAAAUUCCACUAGACUUGUUUACAGGAACUAAAGGGCUCAAAGUCCUGGGUUUGACUAAAACUUGCUCAAUGCCUCAGUCAAUUUCCCUUCCAUAUAACCUUCUUACCUUGCGUCUGGAUCAAAGUGUGUUGCGAGAUGCAGACAUGGGCGCAAUUAUAAGAAAGCUAAUAUUUUUGCAAGUCCUCAGCCUUGUGGGAUGUGAUCUCGAAGAGCUGCCAAGGGAGAUAAGGGAACUACCUAACCUGAAGUUGUUAGAUUUGAGUGAUUGUACCAAAGUCAAAGUAAUUCCACCAGAUGUUUUGUCAGGGCUGCCAACAUUAGAAGAACUAUAUAUGAGAAACAGUUUCGAUCAAUGGGCGGAGGGUGUUAAGGAGCAGGAGAAAAAAGUUGCUAGACUUUCUGAGUUGGAGCAAUUAUUGAACCUAACUGCUUUAGAGGUACGAAUUAAUAUUUGCAAUAUCCAAAUGAUUGAAGGAGACUUGUUCUCCGAAAAUUUGGCAAGAUACAAGAUUUUCGUAGGAGAUAUGUGGCACUCCUGGGAUAGUUCUUAUGGAAGUUCAAAAAUAGUGAAGCUAAAGCUAGAUGCAAAUAUUAGUUCUGAGCAUUCAGUUAAGAAGUUGCUAAAGAAGACACAGGAACUACAUCUACAAGGGUUGAGUGGUGUCAAUAAUGUUGUUAAUGAGUUAGAUGAGGAAGGUUUUCAAGAAUUGAAGUAUCUCUUUAUCCAAGAUGCUCAGAAUGUUCAACAUAUCAUUAACUCAAUGAAGCAUGAUGCUCAGAAUGUUGAUCAAGAUAGCAUUAACUUAAUGAACCCUGCAUUCCCUGUAUUGGAGGUGCUAGUUCUACAUAAUUUGGAACAAAUGGAGAAGAUAUGUCAUGGUUUGGUUAAAGAAUCAUCUUUUAGCAAAUUAAGAAUGAUAACGGUUGAAUCUUGUAAUAAACUAAAGAAUUUGUUCUCCUCCUCUAUAGCCAAACGAAAUUUUUUCCAGCUCCAAGAAAUUAGAGUGACAAAAUGCAGCAACUUGGAAGAGAUUGUUGAUGACGACGAGCAAGGGGGUGAAAAAGAUAUCUUGAAGGAACUGUGCUUCUUGAGAUUAGAAGAUCUACCAAAGUUGAUUGCCUUCAAUUGUAGUUGCAAGAGAAUGACACUUUUCCAAGAACAGGUUGCAUCUUUCAGUGCUGGUAAACUGAUGAAAUUGAUCAUUAAGGGAUGUGAUAAUUUGAAAUGCGUAUUCUCAUCUUCUAUGGCUCGAGGUCUAAAUAUACUGAAACACCUUGAAAUAAGGAAAUGCAGGAGUAUGAAAGAGGUCAUUUUUACAGAUAAUAAUGUAGAAGAAAAGAUGAUUUUCCCUCAGUUGAACAUUCUACAGAUAGAAGACCUCGAAGGCCUUGUCAAUUUCUACUCAGGAAAUUGUAUUGAACUAAAAUCAUUGAAGAAACUGCAAGUGUUGAACUGCCCAAAAUUGGAGGGAUUCAUUGCAAACACACAGACACUCUUUAAUGAACAGGUCGAGUUUCCCAUGUUGGAAUUUUUGAGGCUGUCUUCAAUUAACAUUAAGGAAAUCUGGCACAUUUUGAGUAAGCAAAUCGCUUCUGUUGAAAACUUAAAGAACUUGUUUGUGGAGGGUUGUGGUAAUUUAGAAUAUCUAUUGACAUCCUCUAUUGUUAAGAGUUUUAAACAACUCAUGGUGCUCAAGAUUUCUGACUGCAAGAUGAUGGAAGGGAUAAUAAAGGAAGAAGAAAGGAUGUGCAAGAUAUCCUUUCCUGAACUGGAUACCCUAGAACUUGAAGACCUUCCCAAACUCACAAGAUUCUAUCUUGGAAACUCCAACGCUACAAUAAGUGAGUGCCUUCCUGCUGCCAGUAUUGAAGAUGCAGAAAAUACUUCUAUGCCAUCUCUCUUCCAUGAAAAGGUUGGGUUCCCCAAGUUGAAGAUUUUAAGCUUGUCUUCAAUUGACAUUCAGCUAAUCUGGCAAAUUUCGAUUCCAAAAAUCUCUUUAGAAAAGCUUUGUGUGAAGGAUUGUGGCAAUUUGAAAUAUCUAUUAUUGUCUUCUAUGGUUAAGAGUUUUGAGCAACUCAUAGUGCUCAAGAUUUGUGACUGCAAGAUGAUGGAACAGGUAAUUGUCUCAAAUGAAUUAGUGGAAGAAGAAAUGAUGUGUGAGAGUUUCUUCUCUAAACUGGACACCCUAGAACUUGAACACCUUCCCAAACUUGCAAGAUUGUGUCAUGGAAAUUACUCUCAAUUUAUUUUCGCCAACCUUAGACGGUUCACCAUAAGCAAGUGUGCUGUGUUGAAGACACUUAUAGGAGACAAUGCUGUCAGUACUGAAAAUGUCGAAAAUACUUCUACACCAUCUCUCUUUGAUGAAAAGGUGGAAUUCCCCAGAUUAGAGCAGGUGAUAAUCAAGUUUAUGGGGAGUUGGUCCAAGAUAUGGGACAACAAACAUGAUGUGAAUUCUUGUUGCCAACUAAAUUCUCUUACUGUGGAUUCAUGUGAAAAGCUGUUGAAUAUUUUCCCAUUUAGUAUGCUGGAAAGAGUACGCCAGAAGCUAGACACACUGGAGAUACAGAAUUGUGAUUCACUAGAAGAGAUAUUUGGUGCUAGCCAACCGCAAGCUCAGACAACCACUCAGCCAACGAAUUUGGUGGACAUUGCCGAAAGGAUUAAUACUCGCAUGCUUUCUCCAAAAACACGUUAUAAGGCUUACCUUGUGUUCAAGCUGGCGGACAAAACUUAUGGAUUUAGAAAUACACCUAUAGAAGCUGCUGUUCUACUUGGAGGGGCUGAAGUUUCAAAACGAGAAGUGUACGUGCAGGCAGAAAGUGGAAUUGUAGGAAAUGGUGAUCAGUACCCGAAAGAGAGGGGAGAUAAUUGGUUUGAGGUAGAAUUGAGUGAAAUUGAUUUCACCAAAGAAAGAGGCGGAGAUUUGGAAAUACAGCUUGUGCGGGAGGCUUACGAGCAUAAGCGCGGUGUCAUUAUUCAAGGCAUGGAGAUCAGGCCAAAUUAGCAGGACAUCACAAGAUACUCUUUCACCUUGUGUAUUUUAUGUGUGGGAGGAACAUUUCUCCUCGUGUUAAACUAUGGUCAGUUCUAUUGUCGUCUAAGCGUGGUCUCUAAAUCUUUAUUUGAACAAUGUAUGGCUAAUUUGUGGAGUUAAUUACUAAGUUUGAAGUGAUUUAAGGUGUUUAAUUGUCUGAGAAAAGAAUGCUUUAAACUGGGAUUUAUUAUUUUAAUUCAGCUAGAUUUAGUGUUGGUUAAUGAAAUAUAAAGUUUGUA